AUGCAGUUGGCUUUCGAAGAGCAUGAGACAAGUGAACUCAUCAGAUCAGAGUUGGACUCGCUUGGGAUCCAGUACACGUCGCCUCUUGCCAAGACAGGGAUCGUGGCCUCUGUCGGGUCUGGGGUGAAACCCUGGUUUGGUCUUAGAGCAGACAUGGACGCCCUUCCCAUCCAGGAGUUGAUUGAGUGGGAACAUAAGAGCAAGAAUAAUGGCAAGAUGCAUGCUUGUGGCCACGAUGUUCACGUGACAAUGCUGCUUGGAGCAGCCAAGUUGCUUCAGCGCAAGAGAGAUGAAUUGAAGGGCACUGUUAAGCUUGUUUUUCAACCUGGAGAAGAAAGUCAUGCUGGUGCUUAUCAUAUGAUAAAAGAGGGUGCUGUUGAUCACGUCGAAGCGAUAUUCGGAUUACAUGUUUCACCAGAAAUGCCCACCGGAAGUGUUAGCUCGAGACCUGGUCCUUUGCUUGCUGGCUCAGCCAGAUUUCUAGCCAAAAUUCAAGAGAAAGGUGGGCAUGCUGCUAGGCCGCAUACGACUAGAGAUCCAGUACUUGCAGCAUCUUUGGCUAUCCUGGCACUCCAACAGAUCGUGUCUCGAGAGACAGAUCCUCUUGUGAUCGAGACUCAAGCGGCAGUACAUCGAUGUAUUGCUACCAUAGAUUUUCUGGCGGAAAAACUAAGACCUUACCCUCCAACUGUCAAUGAUGAAUCAAUGUAUGAACAUGUGAAAAAGGUUGGAGAAUCUUUGCUUGGGAAAUCGAAUGUACUCCUCAGUCCAAUGGUUAUUGGAGCAGAAGAUUUCAGUUUCUAUUCAAAGAAGAUGGCGGCUGCUUUCUUCAUGAUAGGAACAAAUAACGAAACACAAAAACCAAUCAUUCGAUUGCACUCACCCUACUUGAUUAUUGAUGAGGAGGUUUUUCCCAUAGGAGCAGCCUUCCAUGCUGCAGUGGCCAUAUCUUAUUUGGAUAAUCAUACUGUACUUAAAGCUCAGUAAGUAUUGUAACUAACUUUCUAUUCUUGGGAUGAAGAUUCUGUUAAGUUACUAAUGUUUGCUUGAAGUCAACAAGUCAAAGUAUUUGAAUGCAUUUUGCUUUGUUGUACUGGUAUUUUGUAAUUAUGCUUGUUGCCAUCUCUUAUUGCACGUGUA